AUGUCUCUCAACGACCUCCACAAGAAGAAACUAGCUGCCAACGAGGCCAUGAAGAGAAAGUUUGAGAGGGACUGCCAGAGAUCACUUCCCAACUUUGAAGUCCGCAUGAUUCUCGAAAACAAGUUCGCUACCGAUUCGGUCUUCAUCUCAGCCCGACACUGUAAUAUCAUGGAAAAGAUCUUCGACGCGGUCAGAGACAAAUUACCUUUGGUACCCUGCCAGCAGAUCAUGGGCAUCGACUUCUGUGCUCCAGUCUUUCUGCUCCAAGAAACGUCAAAACAACUGCCAGAAUUACGUACAACAAAGUGGGUGAAAGUCAGAUGGGGCCGCGGUUUGCUUUUCAACCGUUGGUACAGGCGAAAUUUGAGGGACAGUGAUCUCAAGAUCGAGAUCCAUCUGCGCACCGAUGAAUGUGUGUUGGAAGAAGUCGAGUUCAAACUCCAGCGUGGAAUAGAUGCCUACCACAAUCGCCGCUUCCGCACUUACAGGCCUAACACGCCGACUGAUCCUGCUGAUUUCAAGUGGCGGGUCAAUCCCCACGAUCAAGAAAAUAUCGUGACUGAGUUCAAAGGCAUCACUCGAGCACCAAGCACCAACGAGUGGUUCCCGGAGAGGAAGGUGCGGGCCAAACCUGAAAGCUCGCCGCAGCCCAAGCGUAGGCGGAUUAUGGAGACGUCAGCAGAGACAAGCGCCGGCGAAGGCAAGGAGAAGGCUGAGGGAGACAAGGAGAAGGCCGAGGAAGGCAAGGAGAAGGCCGUGGGAGAGAAGAAGAAGGCCGAGGAAGAUAAGGGGGAGGGUGAGGAGGCAGGACGGGGGAAGGUUGUUGUUGCCGAAGAAGAGAAGACAGUGUCAACGACUUAG